AUCCCAAAGUACAUUGACGUUCUCCUCGCGCCAUCUUUAGAAAACACUGUGUGACACUGAAUGGGACUUGGAUUUCGUUAUUAGAUGAUCGAUUAUUCUUCGGAACAGCAUCAUUGGUCCACCGACUAAGGCAGGUUUCGGUCAGUAAUCAUGGGCAUCAAGGUGCGUCCUCGGUGCUUCUUCGACGUUGGAAUCAGCAACAUUAAGGUUGGUCGAAUUGUGGUGGAGUUGUUCUCAGAGGUUUGCCCCAAGACUACUGAAAACUUCAGGUGUCUCUGUACAGGUGAGAAAGGCAUUGGUAAAGGAACUCAGAAACCUCUUCAUUACAAAGGAUGCGUGUUCCACCGAAUCGUGAAGGACUUCAUGAUCCAGGGUGGGGACUUCAGCGAAGGGAAUGGAAGAGGGGGUGAAUCCAUCUAUGGUGGCUUCUUUGAAGAUGAGAGCUUUACCAUGAAACACAAUAAGGAGUACCUUCUGUCCAUGGCGAACAGGGGCAAGGACACCAACGGAUCUCAGUUCUUUAUUACCACCAAACCUUCGCCACAUCUGGACGGAGUCCACGUGGUUUUCGGACAAGUAAUAUCUGGCCAAGAGGUCAUUCAAACCAUGGAGAGGCAGAAGACAGACGCCAGCAGUAAACCAUAUUCCGAGGUCAAGAUCAUGAACUGCGGAGAGCUCAUCCCUAAGACAAGAGUGAAGCCAGGCGAGAAGAAGAAAAAGGAGAAGGCGCAUUCUGAGGCCAGCGACAGCUCCAGCUCCUCAGACAGCUCCUCAGAGCCUUCCUCGGAGUCGGAGGAGUCCGAAAAAGAAUCCAAGAGGCGGAAGAAGAAGGUGAAAAAGCAGAAGAAGAAGAAGCAAAAGAAGGCGAAGAAAGAGAGGUCAGAGGCCGGAAGUGCGGACGAAAAGGAGCAAGACCUGCAGUUGUCCUCGGUCCGACCCGAAGAGAUCCCGGAGGUCCCUCAGAACAGAUUCCUCAUGCGCAAAAGUCCCCAGGCCGCCCAGAACGAGGACGCUGGACAGAACCCCAGGCAGCGGGAGGAACGGCCGAGGGAAAGGCCGUUUAAUGCCCAGUCUGCAUAUCACAGAGGACUAGUGACGACCCGGUCCGGCAGGAAGAUUAAAGGGAGAGGUCCACGGCGCUAUCGCACUCCGUCCCGCUCACGAUCACGAGACCGUUUCCGCCGCAGCGAGACGCCGCCCCACUGGCGGCAGGAAAUGCAGCGGCAAAGGACGAGGGCAACGAGUGGAGAGCGCUGGAUUAAGGGGGACAAAGGUGACAUGGAGGAGGCAGCAAAGGAGGAGGCCGCUAAAGCGACCCGGGCAGAGAAGAAGGACUCUGACGACAAGCCGGCGGAGAAGGAGAAGCGCGGUCGCUCCCACCGGUCCCGGAGCAAGGACAAGGAGAAGAAGGACGAAGACAAACACGGCAGACACAAGGCCAAGAAGAGGGGCGGCUCGCGCAGCCGCAGCAAGAGCGUAGACAAGGGUAGGGACAAGAGCGUAGACAAGAGCGGGGACAAGGGUGGGGACAAGGGCGUAGACAAGAGCGUAGACAAGAGCGUAGACAAGAGCGUAGACAAGAGCGUAGACAAGAGUGGGGACAAGAGUGUAGAAAAGGGAGGAGACAAAGGUAGGGACAAGAGCAUAGACAAGGGUGCUGACAAGAGCGGAGACGAGGUGCGUAAAAGCGGAGACAAGAGGAGACGGUCAAAGAGCAAAGAGAAGGAGCGGGACCACAAGCCCGACCGCCGAGGCCGCUCCCGGAGCAAAGACGCGGCCGUGACCAAGGAGAAGGAAACGGAGUCCGACCACAGCAAGGAGAGGAGCAAGCGCGCCGAGUCCGAGAAGAAGCCGAAAGACGACCCGAAGGGAAGGAACGGCGAGAAGCCGCAGGAAGAGAAGGGUCGAAACGGGGACAAGCGGGAGAAGGAGAGGGCCGAGUCCCAGAGCAAGGACAGGACGAGCGGCAAGGAGGGCCCCAAGUCCCACAGCAGGAGCCGGGACAGAGGGGACCGCGGGGCUAGGCGUGCGUCCUCGAGGGACAGGGGCGAGAGAAGGGACAGGGAGAGGCCCAGCGAGGGCGGCCAGAGGAGCCAGGAGAGACGCCGGCAGCCCUCCAGGGAUGACAAGCGGCGAGGGUCGCCCAGGAACCGGGACCGCACCAGGAGCCCCGACCGGGCCAAGGCCAGAGACUCUCACAGGGGCGGGCGGCGCUCCCGGAGCCGGAGCAACGACCGGCAGGCGCGCAGGAAGGAUAAGGAGAGCGGGCCGGCCCCGAGACGGGGAUCCAGGGGCCGGCACCACCACAGCAGCAGCAGCAGCAGCUCCGACAGCGACCAGGACGACAAGACCAAGGGCCGGAAGAGCCCAGAGGACAAGAAGAAAAGCCCCCCGAGGGAGUCCCCUCCUCCUAAAGCCAAAGAGCCGGCCGGAAGCCCUGCGAGGAACCGCAGCAACCGAGGACGAGAAGGGACCCGCGACAAGAAGGACAGCUCCGGGUCGAGUAACGACGACAGCGACUAGUCCUGCGAUCGAGCCCCCCCUUUUGUGUACGCGUGAUGUUUGAUACUCACAGAAGUCGGUCCACGCCAGACCACUUUUGGUCACUCUGGGAAAUCAUUGGGUCUGUUUUUAGUUUUGAUUUUUUGCAAAUUCCAAAAUGAGAGUUGUUUAAACUAUUAGAAGUUCUACUGCAGCGGAAAAAAGCCUCCUUGUGAGCACCCCUCCCCUAGUACUUUUUUACUGUAUUUUUUAAAAGUAUACAAACAUAAUCUGUUUAGAGAGGUUAAGGAACAUCGUUUUUUGCUUUUACCAGCCAGGAUGUGUAAUGAAACAUGAGUCAGUUGAAGUCUGUUUGUUUAUUUUUAUUUCCCCUUUUUAAUUUUAAAUCAUUUUUGGGUCUUUUUGCAUGUAUAUCUUCCACGUUAGAUUUUUCUUUUUUGUAGUUCGAGAUACCUGUUGUUUCACUUCAAAUGGAGACUGUCCAACAUAACAUGCAACAUAAAGCGAGUUUGUAUAAAUCUGUAAAUUGUGUAUUUAUUUGACAUCAAAUGAUUAACCUAUUUCUCGGUACCAAAUAAACUAUUGUCUUUCCUCAUAACAUUUUUAGUUGGAGCAUGUCCACCCAA